AUGGUAAGCAACAGAAAAAGCAUAGGUUCCCUAGAAAAAAGAUAUACCAUUAAUCACAGUCAUCAGCUUGUUAGAGAGUUACUAAGUGAGUAUUACAGUAAAGCGGACCAUAAGAGGAGUAGUACAAAGAAAGCUAAGAUUAAAGCACAAAAAGAGGUGAAAGAAGAACAAAAGCUUUUGUGUAGGCCCAGGUUAAGGUUCCGCACCAGCAGUCUAAAAACACAGUUCGGCAUUCCGCCAUACCUCCACAGCACCUUCGAAGUUCCUCAAGGAGGAACAGUGGUCUCCACAGUGUCCUCUUCUAUACCGACCACUCAACAGGUUGAGGCAAACUGUAGUCCCAGUCUGCCACACAGGACUCGCAACACGGGAGACGCACAACUCUUGGUUCACCCGGAGGCAGAGGUGGGUGGAAAGGUGUAUAAUAUUUAA